GAACGAAAAAGGACGACUACAAGCCACAAAGUUGAUAGCGCCAUGAAGAGAGAGGAGAUAUUCUCGGCUCUGGAGGACUCUGCGGAGUCGUUCGUGGAGCUACUAAGAAGCAAAGGAGAGGAGCUGAACUGGAGCGAGUUUCUACAGGCUCUGUCGAGAAAGAUGCAGGCCCGCGUGUGGGCCGCCCUGCUCCCUCUCGCUCGAGACGCCGCCAGUCGUCUGGUUGACGGAGAAAACUCUAGAGACGUAGAUACAAGCAGCAAGAAAGUUGAAGGAGGUUAUGAUGAUGUGGAGGUGCUGAGUGGAGCGGUGACAGUGUGCAAGUGUGCCCUCACUCUAGAGGGCCUGAAUCUCACCAGCGAACUAGCCGAAACGCUGCAAAUAAUUCACGACAUCCUCCUGAGCGUUCCAGAAGAGUGUUGUGAGCUGCAGAAUGCCAUGAGUGCUGUGUGUGAGGCGUGCUGGGAGAGAGGAGAGGAGGUGGAGGGGAGAGAGGGGCUCGUCCCUAACUGCCUCCUCUAUCUCGUCGCCAGAACAUUCUCCCAGGGAGCCACCGUGAAGGAUGUGGGAAGAGUGUGGGGGAUGCGAGGGGCACUGCUACUGCUAGAUUUCGAGGAUUCAAGUGCAGACUCAAUCAAAGAACUUCUGCUGUCUUCUCUCAUCGAGCCUCUCUACCUCACUUCAGCCGAUGGGAAGAAACUCCUGAGUUACCUCUUCGGGCUCCAUCCUUCGUUUGUUGACAGCCUCCAUCAGACCAUUCGUAACCAGAUUCCGUGGUGUCCCAAGGCCUAUCUUGAGGUGUACGGAGAAGUGUACUUCAAGUCAUGGAGACUUGCCUCUGGCCCUUACCUAAAGAAAAUCGAGGAGCAGUGUAUCCAGGAUCUGAUGUAUACAGCUGUACAUGCUAACAGGAGUGGGCCGCAUGCUGCCUUCCCCGCUCUUAGAAAGGUAUUGGGCUACAUCCACCACCAAACCCAGCACAGUGGAGUCUCGGAAAUGAUCUUCAGACUCUACAACCCUUUCCUAUGGAGGUCUCUCAAGGUGGCCAAUUCUCAUGUACGUGCGAACGCGGUGUGUCUAAUGAUGGAUGCCUUCCCCCUCCACGACCCAUCCUCUACCAGAGAGGAGAUCGACACGCUGCUCCAAAAACAGUUUGACCUUAUGUCUGAGCUACUGUAUGACGAUAGUCCGAUGGUGCGAUCGCUGACUGUGCUGGGGGUAGGUAGAGCUCUCUGCCGCUACUGGGAGCUGGUGCCACUCUCAGUCGUCAAAUCUCUACUCCAUAAGAUGAUCAGAGAACUGGCCUACGAUUCCGGCUCCGACAAUGUCAGAGUGGCCGUCAUACAGAGUCUGAGUAUAGUUCUGGAGAAUCGACUCAGUCACGCCGUUCUUCACGAUCUUCUUCCUCUGCUCAAGAGCCACAUCCACGACACCUCAGUCAAGGUCCGUAUAGCCUUCCUUGACCUACUGCUAGUGGUGCGAGGCAUUCGGAGUAUAAAGUUCUAUGAAGUUUGCGCGAUACCUCACCUUCUUGCGAGGAUGGACAUCGAUUCCAUUCACGUAGUCAAGAGGAUCGUGUCGCUGCUAGUGAGCUCUUUCCAGCCUUCCAGUGCCCCCAUCUCAGAGCAGGUGGCGCGAUGUCUGACUCUGAUUGAGAUGAACAUGGCGGCAGCCAGAACCUUCUACCGGCUCGUCGUCGCUCAUCUUCCCCCGUCACACGUCGUCCGCUUCAUGCUGGCAGUCUAUACCACCGUGAGACACGCCGUGGGAGAGGGAGAGGUGGAGGAGGAGGAAGACGAGAGGGAAGAGAUGAAGAAGAAAAAGAAGGCGAGAGGAGGAGGGGCUAAGAAGAGAGGGAGAAAGGGUAAAGUGGAAGACGGGCUCAAGAAUCACGCCAGUAAUGCUCUACAGGGAGAAGGAAUAGAGGAAGAGGAGGAGAGAGAUCCAAGUGGGAUCAGGGAGGGAGGGUGGAAAGAGGGAGAGAAAGAAGGUGACGCCUCAACCAGAGAUCCUCCAAGUCUGUCCGACCGAGAUCUCCUGGCAGGGGCUCUAGAAGUGGUGGUCAUCCUCUGGGAAGGUCUGAAGGAGACGUUGGACUCACCGCAGCACGAGAAACUGCGAUUACGACUCGUCUCCUCUGUUACCGAGUCCCUCCCUCUCCUCUUCAACUCUCUCACUGAUGGCCGUUCCCGCUCUGCCUUGUAUUUCCUGGCCUCCUUUCUGCCGAAGAAGAGUGUGUCAGCCAUUGUCAGAGGCACCCUCGAAACUCUCUCUUCUCUUGACCAUAACUCACAGGACUAUGCCGCCAUGGUGACGGCAAUGACGUCAUGGAAACAGAUCGGAGACGUGGUAGGUCUAGUUUCACGCUGGCUGAAGUCGUCUCUGGAGGAGGCAAUGCCACGCCCACACGACGAGGCCGGGGGUCAAGGGUCAGCUGUUUCCACAGCGACGAAAAACCACAAAAAGACUAAAGGAAAAGCGAAGGCAUCAGCUAGUAGCAGAGCAAACACAGUGACUGAAUCUGUGCGUUCGAAACCUCAGCUGGCUCUCAACAUACUCAACUACAUGCUGCUCCACCCACUGUGUCGGGAGGAGAUGAAGAGAGAGAGGGAGACAUGGUACCUGGAACAGGCUCUACAGCAAUGCAUGAAUGUCCUGGAUUCUCACUUGUCUGGUGAAGCCACGCCCACCGGUCUGACCUUUGACCUAUUGCGGCAGAUGUUGAGCGUGUACAUGCGACUGGCGCUGCACAGGGCAGGGGAGGAGGGAGGGAGGGAAGGGAGGGGGUGUGAGGUUGUGAGGGAGAGAGUGACUGAGGUUAGAGAGUGGAGUGAAGGAACACUGCUUCCUCUACUACGAGGAGACUUACAUGCAAAAAGCCAGCCCGCCAAACGCCAUAGCAACCGAAAACGCAAGGCCAACCAGUCUCAACCGACAUCUUCGAUCUCUGACCCCCAUGUGAAGGAGGGUUGCCAGGUAACAGAGACGUUGCUAGGGGUUACAACCGAGGCAGUCAUGAUUGGACUCACUGAUGGUGAGCUCCAAUUGGAGCUGGCUCAGUGGGCAGCAGCCUUUGCUGAAACCGCUGCAGGUCCGGUUUUGCUGAAACCACUCACAAAAAUGAUGUACCAGUUAUCAGAGGCUUCUGUGCUCAGUGAAGUGGAUGGGAUAAGGACAGUGACUAGUCUUGUCCCGACAGCCACUCUCCUCCGUCCUCUUCUCCAACUGGCUGCCUCUGUCUCCUCUGGGUCACCCGAUGACUUCAAGAAGGUGUGGUCAGUACUGAGUGGAGGCGUGUCACAGGUGGUCUCGGUAUCCCUUCGUCUCCACUCCCUCUCCCUCUCCCCCCACACCGUCCCCACCUUCGCCACCCUCACAAACCUCACCAUGUCCCUCUUAGCACGAGACGUCACAGAGAAUCCGUCGAAAUGUAAGUCAGCAUCAAGUUCUCUCCCUCUCCUCUCCUCUGCGUUGCUGGAUAUAGUGGCUCGUAAUGAGAACACCUCCAGUCUGUUUCUGAGCCACCUGCAGUCGUGGUUGGAAGAUGAAGAUGAAGAGAAAGAGGGUGAGGAGGAGGAAGGAGGGACUGACUUUCCUGGAAGACUUCUCAGAUACCUGGCAGCCUUGCACCCUCUCUCCCUCCUCUCCUCCAAUGGGAAGGAAUGUGACGAGGCAAUCUACUGUAUUCGAUCCGGCCUGAGAUUUAGUGAGCAGAUGAAACAACACGGAAAAGGAGAAGAAGAAAGUUGGUGGGAGGAGCUACAGUACCUCUCCAGGACACUAGAGACCUUGCAGAACAAACCCUACUCUUAUUAGCUCCAUGUGUAUAGCUAUAUAGUUUUAUAAGUAUGAUGUCACACUUUUCUGCUAUAAAUAAACAGUAAGUGGUGUCACAAAUUGCUGCUAUAAAUAGUAAUAGGACGACAUAUUGAACAUGUAGUUGUCUAUUUGUCAUCAAAUCCAGGCAUGCUGAAGCGGCGCGAAAAUACCUCGACCUUUUCUCUCAGUUUGGCAAUCUUUGCAAUAGUGGCCGCAUCUUUUGCCACAAAAUCCUUGAAACCCUGCAAAACGAUACAGUAAUAAUCAUGACACAGAACGGAAAACUGGGUGGGAGUAGGAUUUGAAUAACACACUGCAAAAGGACACUUGGUUCUGCCCCAUACUAAUACAUUAGUGAC